CCUCCUGGGUGUGAUCACUGAGCGCGGAAUAAGUACAGGCACCACAUUUGUUUUCCUGUCACAUUCACAGAAGACCUGGGUGUCGGAGUACAGUAGCCACUUAUACCUACCACACGAUGUCCUGUACUAAGAUCGAGACCUCGGGAGAGGACCUCUGUAAGCUCCCCUGUCAAACAGACAGGCAUGGAUUGAAGAGCAUUGCAAAUCUUGUGCGCUCAACAGAGGAGAUACCAGAGCCCAUCUCCACACAAGUGAAGGGAACCAUCCCUACUUGGAUUCGAGGGAACUUCCUCCGCAAUGGACCAGGGAAAUUUGAGUUUGGCAAUGAACACUACAACCACUGGUUUGAUGGGAUGGCUCUCCUGCACCAGUUCAAGAUCGAGGAUGGCCAGGUGACCUACAGGAGCCGCUUCUUGCGCAGCACUUCGUACACACAGAACAGCGAACACGACCGCAUCAUGGUCUCCGAGUUCGGCACAGUGGCCAUGCCUGACCCUUGCAAGAACAUCUUCCAACGCUUUCUCUCCCGCUUUGAGUUGAUCAAACCAACUGACAAUGCAAGUGUAAGCUUUGUCAAAUACAAGGGUGAUUACUAUGUCAGCACCGAGACCAACUUUAUGCACAAGGUGGACCCUGGAACUCUGGAAACUGUUGAGCAGGUGGACUGGAUGAAGUUCAUUGCUGUGAAUGGAGCGACAGCACAUCCACACACUGACCCUGAUGGCACAGUCUACAACAUGGGCAACUCAUAUGGCCCAAAAGGCACUUUCUACAACAUUAUCUCCGUUCCUCCUGAGCGGGAGACCGCCGAUGACACGCUCCAGGGCGCGAAGGUUCUGUGCUCCAUCGCCCCUACUGACGGCAGCCGGCCAUCUUACUACCACAGCUUUGCUAUGUCAGAAAACUAUGUGGUGUUCAUUGAACAGCCUAUCAAAAUGAACGUUUGGAAGAUUCUCACAGCUAAACUGACAGGAAAGGGUAUUAGUGAUGCCAUCUACUGGGACCCCAGUCUUGAGACUAUCCUCCACCUAAUCUCCAAACAGACUGGCCAGGUCAGUUCGGUGAAGUACCACACCAAAGCCAUGUCCACCUUCCACCAGAUCAACGCCUUUGAGCAGGACGGCUUCCUCAUGCUGGACCUAUGUGCCUCAGAUGACGGCCAGGCCAUCACCGUCUACAACCUCCAGAACCUGCGCAAGUCAGGGGAGGCUUUGGACCAGGUGUACAACAAGAUGUGCAGGUCCUUCCCCCGACGUUUUGUGCUGCCCCUGGACAUAACCAAUGACACACCUUUGAACCAAAACCUCAACACACGACCCGACAGCACAGCAACAGCCGUGAAAAUCACAAAUGGCAAGGUGUUUUGUACCCAUGAAAAUCUCCAUGGCGAUGACCUUGAGGAUUUUGGCGGUUUAGAGUUCCCACAGAUAAAUUACAACAGGUGUAACACCAAGCCCUACCGCUACUUCUACGGAUGUGGCUUCAGACACCUGGUUGGGGAUUCCUUACUCAAGAUGGACAUGGAGGGCAAACAGUUAAAGUCCUGGUACCAAGAGGGUCUCUUCCCUUCUGAACCAGUCUUUGUUCCAUCUCCUGAGGCGGUUGAUGAGGACGAUGGGGUCAUCCUCUCAGUGGUGCUCACCCCCACUGAGGAUAAAGGGACAUUUUUGCUGGUCCUGGACGCUCAGACCUUCGAGGAGCUGGGCAGGGCUGAAGUGCCGAUCAACAUCCCGUAUGGCUUCCAUGGGGCCUUCCACUCGACUGCCUAGGCAAGCAAUUGUUCUGACCACAGCUGCCACCAUUUAUCCCGAGGGAAGACACUGACCAAAGAUUCAACUGUGAAAUGAUAAACGUGCUGAUUGUAGCCAGUACCUAACCAUUAUGACGGUGGCUCUCAUGGCCAAGGAUUGACAGGAAAACUCAUUCUAUUCCAAGACUGCAGUGUGUCAAGUGAUAAUCUGUGUGCAUGAAAAGAACACUUGCAUAACUGGGCCCAUAUGGUGUGUACACACAUGUGUGUCACCAAACAGGCUUGUGCACAAUCAGAGCAUGGUGCAGACUCAACAUCUUUUUUAUACCCCUCUCUCUCUCUCUCUCUCUCUCUCUCUCUCUCUCUCUCUCUCUCUCUUGACUGCAGUGUCAAGUAAUAAUCUGUAUUAAGACAGCACUUAAAUAACUCUCAUGUUAAAUGUUACAUGUUUACCGUUACUUUUCUAUUUAAUCUAUUUAAUCCAAUGUAACUUACAAGUGAGGUUCAAUGUAAAUGAAGGGUCAGGAAGGGAAGGUUCCAAAGUGCCAAAUAAUCAGGUGGAAGAUGGAUGGGAGGAAAGGACACAAAAGAGGAACGUUUGCGGAAGAAGCAGUUUGUGGGGUGGGAGAGUGAAAAUGUGUCAAGAAUUUAGGUGCGAACCUAAUGUAAAGGACCUUUAAAAAAGGAACCUCAAAUGUGAAACCCAUUUACUUUAUAUAAGUAUCUAUAUCAUUUCUGCACUGUUAUGUUCAGUAACUAUUCCAGUCAUAAGUUGGGUAUUAAUUCUUUGUUAUGAUUUUCUUCAAGCAUAUAUAUAUAUAUAUAUAUAUAUAUAUAUAUAUACACACACACACACACACACACUAAUGUAUAAUUAAAUACAUUCAUUUCAAUUAUUUUGUAUGAUAAUUGUUACAUUUGUUGUGAAGAAAAGAUUUUUUAACAUACGUUUAACAUACUUUAAUACUUUUAAUAUUUUCAUAAUGUCUGACUGUAUUUGUUACAUUUUGAAUUUUGCACCAUUUGUAACUAACUGUAUGAAUGAAGUUUUGAUUAC